AUUCUGAACUUAGAGGAAGGAAUCAAUUACUUGUGUGAUCAGAAUCCACAAAGUACCAUGUACCACCAAGAAUCAACAAUGAUCUGACGUGGCAUGGACCCUCACUAACUAAUGACUGUGUUUGUAUCUGUUUUGUUCCUUAAAAACAACUCAACAACAUGUUUGUUUGGUACUAUUCCCAAAACACUUUCAAGUCCACACACACCAAAUCUCAUCUUACUCCCUUUUCUUUGAUCUCUCUUUAGUUCCUUUCUUCCAUUUCACAUGAUCCUCUUUUCUUCUUUUCUCCCAUGGAAAAAAACCAACCUUUUCUUCUAACCAACCGUCAAAAUUUACCCUUUUCUUCUUCAAAAUCCUUCAACGAUUUCACCACCUUACAACCACCACAACCACCACCACAAUCAUCAUCAUCAUCAUCAGAAAUUCAAUCCUGCAACAACAUCACUCCACAACAACCAUUUUCACCUCCCAAACAAAAAAAACUCAGCCGUUGCAAAACAGCACCAGCCAUGUUCAUUCUUUCAAACCUUAAACCAGAAAACAAUCAUCCUCAACUACCUAAACCACAAACAAAUUCCAUUAUCCGACAAGGCAUUUGGCUUCUCUUAAUUUACCUUUCUGUCGGUGUCACUAUUUACUCUUUCAACACAAAAAAAUUCUCUGGCAUAGAAACUCACCCUGUUGUUGAUGCACUUUAUUUUUGUAUAGUUACUAUGUGUACAAUUGGUUAUGGAGACAUAGCUCCAUUAACCCCUUUUACUAAACUUUUUGCUUGUGUUUUUGUUUUGGUUGGUUUUGGAUUUAUAGAUAUACUUUUAAGUGGACUUGUUAAUUUUGUUUUGGAUUUACAAGAAAACACGAUUUUAACCGGGCUUAAAAUGGGUGCUAGGGGAGGUUUUUCUGCUAGGGAUUAUAUUGUUGAUGUUGCAAAAGGUAGAAUGAGGAUUAGAUUGAAGGUUGGUUUAGCACUUGGUGUUGUUGUUUUGUGUAUUGGUGUUGGGAGUUUGGUUUUGUGUUUUGUUGAGGAUUUGAAUUGGGUUGAUUCGAUUUAUUUGGCGGUUAUGUCUGUUACAACGGUUGGUUAUGGUGAUCGAGCGUUUAAGACGCUUCCUGGGAGAUUGUUUGCUGCAAUUUGGUUGUUGUUUUCUACUUUGAUGGUUGCUAGAGCUUUUCUUUAUUUGGCUGAGGCUAGAAUUGAUAGAAGGCAUAGGAGAUUGGCUAAGAUGGUUUUGCAUAGAGAAAUUACUAUUGAAGAUUGGCUUGCUGCUGAUAUCAACAAUACCGGUUUUAUUAGUAAGUCAGAAUAUGUGAUCUUCAAGCUGAAAGAGAUGGGAAAAAUACAAGAUAAAGAUGUAAUGGAAAUUUGUAAUCAAUUUAGAAAGCUUGAUCCUUCUAAUUGUGGGAAGAUAACAUUACCUCAUCUCUUGGAGGGUAGGUCAUGACAAAAUAAUUAUAAAAAUAUAAUUGUUUUAGCACAAAAGCUAGUGGUGAGGCAUAAUCAAUAGUGCAAAAAAUCUACAAAAUGUACAUGAAUUGUUGGGAGGGAGAUUUUGUACAAAAAUUAUAAUUUUUGGGAUUAGAGUGAAGGAAGAAAUUAUUAGAAGGUUGAUAGAAAGAAGAGACUCACCAUCAUGAAUAUAUUAGGGGCAUUAUUUCA